AUGAUUUAUAAACAACGUGGACUAUCCAGGCUCAUCAAGCUAGCUACUGACAAUUAUACCAAGAUGACUACGCCAAAUGGUGCUGCUAAGGAAUGGAAACCACAGGAUCAUGUCCCAAAAGAAGUAAAGACUAUUCUUUCCAAGAAACAUCCGAACUACAUGCUAGCGUUUUUGAACGUCGUGCAGCAAUUGAAGUUGCAAAAGAGAACUGGAUGGUUGGACCACAAUAUCAAUCCCUGUGAAAGUAUCUCUGACCAUAUGUACAGAAUGGGUGUCACUUCAAUGUUGAUCAAGAACUCAAAUGUUAACCGCGAUAAAUGCGUACGUAUCGCGUUGGUUCACGACAUAGCCGAAGCCCUGGUUGGCGAUAUCACACCCUUCGAUGCAGUCACUAAGGAGGAGAAACACCGUAGAGAGUGGGAGACGAUCCAGUACUUGUGUGAAACAAUCAUAAAGCCUUACAACGAAGCAGCGGCAGAGGAAAUCAUGGACCAUUGGUUGCAAUAUGAAAACAUAUCAUCAUUGGAGGCUCGGUACGUCAAGGACAUCGACAAGUACGAGAUGCUAGUUCAGGCAUUCGAGUACGAGAGAGAAUUCGGGAGUGAUGUCGACCUCACCCAGUUUUGGUCGGCUAUGUCAAGCAUCAAGACUGAAGAAGUAAAAAGUUGGGCGGAUGAGUUGUUCAAGCUUCGUGAAGAAAUGCUGGAAGGACGUAAGAUGCAGCAGCAAGAAUAG